GCUUUGGGUUUUCCAUUUCUCUUUAUACCGAUCAGAACAACGUCCUUUUCGCCAGAUCUUGAUUCUCCCAAAAAACGAACCCCGAAUCGAAUCGGAAGGAAACUGGGUUUCGUCUUCGUUACCAACACUUGGCUUCCUCUUCUUCUCUCUACUGUGUAUGUAGCUUCUUGUAGGUAGUCGACUAGAAAUUUAAAAAGAGUAUAAUAUAUACAUAGUCAGUCGAGCAGAAAAAAAAAAAAAAGUCUUUUUCCUCUUCUGUCUUUCUGCAAACCUUGACGAAACGGUCUGUUUUAUCUUUCUGAUUCGACACUUCACCCUUCCUUCUUGGUUUUCGGCACUGCCGACCUCUGCAAAUAAAGUUGCAUUUAAGUGGGGUUUCCGGCCGAGUUAUUCCAGACUGGUAGUGUUUGACAGGGGUGAGAGAUUGGAGCUGGCAAUUUGUUUUGUAAUAAUUAGCGUGCAUUAAAGCUUCUCUGCAAUUGUAACUUCUCUGUGCAUUCUGUGACACUUGUUGGAAACUAGCUGUCUCAAGUCUCAACCCGACUUGAACAAAAAGGUUUGCUUCGCCCAUAUAUAGGAAGGGAGAAAGAAAAGCGACGGAUUACCGCGCAGACGGGCCUCUUCCGUUUCUUUCUCCAAUUACAUAACCGAAAGAGACCUCACGAACAAGAUCUAGACGGAAUUGAUCUCCGUCGUUGGGAAAUAAGGGAAAAAUGUUGCCACAGAAGCAAGCCGAAGAAGCGAUUGUCUCCAACUUUAACGAAACGGAGCAUGAAGGAAAGGAGGAGGAGAAGACAGAUCAGUCCAUGUUUAGCGUGAAGAGCUUCCUCUGGCAUGGCGGCUCCGUUUAUGACGCCUGGUUCAGUUGCGCUUCGAAUCAAGUAGCUCAGGUGCUGUUAACGCUGCCAUACUCGUUCUCUCAGCUGGGAAUGCUCUCAGGCAUAUUAUUCCAGAUAUUCUACGGCCUCGUCGGUAGCUGGACUGCUUAUCUGAUCAGCGUCCUAUACAUUGAGUACCGAAGUAGAAAGGAGAAGGAGAAUGUGAACUUUAAGAACCAUGUGAUACAGUGGUUCGAAGUGCUUGACGGAUUACUGGGUCCAUACUGGAAAGCUGUGGGACUGGCCUUCAACUGUACAUUUCUCCUCUUUGGGUCCGUUAUACAGUUAAUAGCUUGCGCAAGCAACAUAUAUUACAUUAACGACCGACUGGAUAAGAGGACAUGGACGUACAUCUUCGGAGCUUGUUGUGCGACGACGGUGUUCAUACCUUCCUUCCACAACUACCGGAUUUGGUCUUUUCUAGGGCUCGGGAUGACCACUUACACCGCCUGGUAUCUGGCUAUUGCCGCUUUCGUUCAUGGCCAGGUUGAAGGCGUGAAACACAGUGGUCCGCAGAAGCUGGUUCUGUAUUUCACCGGAGCCACCAAUAUCCUCUACACUUUCGGCGGUCACGCUGUCACUGUGGAAAUCAUGCAUGCGAUGUGGAAGCCACAGAAAUUCAAGUACAUCUAUCUACUGGCGACGCUUUAUGUAUACACGCUAACACUUCCGUCAGCUUCCGCCGUCUACUGGGCCUUCGGCGACCAGCUACUGAACCACUCUAAUGCAUUGUCUCUGCUUCCCCGAACGGGUUGGCGUGACGCUGCCGUUAUCUUGAUGCUCAUUCACCAGUUCAUAACGUUUGGGUUCGCAUGUACGCCGUUGUAUUUCGUGUGGGAGAAGGUGAUAGGGAUGCACGACACCAAGAGUAUAUGCUUGAGGGCUCUGGCCAGGCUGCCGGUGGUCAUCCCCAUCUGGUUCUUGGCCAUCAUCUUCCCCUUCUUCGGUCCCAUCAACUCCGCCGUCGGUGCUCUCUUGGUCAGCUUCACCGUCUACAUCAUCCCUGCCAUGGCUCAUAUGCUCACCUACAGAAAGGCCUCCGCCCGGCAGAAUGCGGCAGAGAAGCCUCCGUUCUUCUUCCCGAGCUGGACGGGUAUGUACAUAGUGAACAUCUUCAUCGUUGUUUGGGUCCUCGUCGUGGGCUUCGGUUUCGGUGGGUGGGCUAGCAUGAGCAACUUCGUCAAACAAGUUGACAACUUCGGCCUAUUUGCCAAGUGCUACCAGUGCGCCAAGCCCCCACCGGUCGCUCCAGCUCCCUCCUCCUCCUCCUCACAUCACUGAGCUCCAAGCCUCUAACCGUGUCGAGGAAACAACCACUCGUGCUAAAAACAGAGAACACAAAAACGAAGAUGAUACUAAAAAUUGCAACAGCAGCCCAAAAUCCAUGUUUCCUUGUAUUAUAUACAUUGGGGAGAAGCAAAAUUUCUUCCAAGAUGUGGUGUGCUGGUUUUCUUUCCGCUUGCGCUUCCGCACCCUUUUUGGUUAUUAUUUAAUUAGCAAGAUAGAUAGUGUAGUGAUGAAUGAUUCCCGGUGUCAAAGUAUUGGUAGGUACUACAGCUCAAAAUAUAUUUUGGUCCUUUAUUUCUCUAUAAUACAUAUAUCUUUCUCAUAAUAUAAAAAUUGGGCUUUGUUA